GUGUUUCAUGUCCUGACAUGCGGCCGUUACAAGCCGUUUUAUCAUUGUGUCUGGUGACCAUUGCUGGGAGCACAAACGUCUUUCAAGGGUCAUGCGCGGCAGAACACGUGCUCUGUGAGCAACUGUGUGAAGCACUCUCUCCAGAAACAUAUGAAUGUUCUUGUUGGGAAGGGCACGUACUACAGGAUGAUGGAUUAUCAUGUAGAGUUGAUACAGAUGUACAAUACUCUGAAGAGAAGAAGGAAAUAACAAAGAAAAGGACGAGAAAGCUGGAAACCAGCACAUUUCCUAUCAGAAAACUGACCAUUGAAAAUAAGAAGAAGAUCACAAAUUCACCUAAACCAUUGGCUUUUAAAGGAUCGAAUUAUGCAGAGUUUGCAAUCAAAGAUGAUACAUAUUUAGAGACAAAUAUCACUAUUCAAUUCAAACUUGAUGAGCAUAAAGAUGGAAUUAUUUUCUUUGCUGGAGAAUUGAUGGGUGAUGAUUUCCUAUCAAUUACUCUAGAUGGACCAAAUGUUAUCAUGAGACAUGACUGUGGAGAAGGUACAAUUGAAGACAUGUAUCAUGGAAAAUUCGCAAUCGGAGAAUGGCAUGAGAUCAACGUGUGGAGGAAAAAUUGUGAUUUGACUGAAAUAAUUGUUGAUGGUGGUCACAAAUUAGUUGAUCACGCUGAUGAAUUUAAGAAUUACAAAGGGAUCACAAUGGACGAAGGCGUGUUCCUUGGCGCUGCUCCCCACAACAUUGAAUUCCUCCAGCAAAAGACAGGAGCUUUUGAAGGAUUUCGAGGAUGUGUUCGAUUGCUUGUCGUCAACGGAGAAGUACUUCUAAACACCAAUGAAACCAUCAAUAAAGCCUUAGAUUCAUCUGUCAAUUAUUAUUGUGGAGAAGAGGAACCAAAGUUGGAGAAGAAGAAAAGGAAGAUUAUAAAAGUGAUGACAGGAGACAAGGAAAACGAUAAUGAAGAAAGUGAUGACAUUAUUCAAAUUGAAAUGUUCGAUCUCACACAAAGAGGAAUUCCGAAAAUCCUAGAGACUCCGGGAAUGCAUAUGUCAACUCAAUCCCCAACGAGUCUUCCAUUGGGACAUCCUAUUCUCAAAGAAAUUAUUGUUCAGCAAGAACAUGUAACAACUACACCUGCUCCAUCAAGUACGUCGACAAAAAGCUCCAUAACCUGGAAAGUUGCACAUUUUAAUGGAAAUUCUAAUGUAAUUGUUCCGGCUCCUGAUAGCAUUCUCAGCUAUUUGGAACUCUCAAUCCAAUUUAAAACUGAGAAACCAUCUGGUGUACUUUUCUUUUGGAAAGAGGAUUCCAAAUUUUUGAUUGUCACGGUUGAGAAUUCAUUUAUCAAAGUUUAUGCAAGUCUUGGAGUUGAUGCAACUAUUUUGAGAUCAGAGAACGCUGUGAGUUUGUAUCACUGGCAUAAAUUGGAAGUCUGGAGAAGUGGAAAAGGGGUUCUGCUAAAAGUUAAUAAACAAGGAUGGGUGGAGUCAGAAUUGCAUGCUUCAAAAUUAGAAAUUAUUGAAGAAACUGGAAAUAUAUUUAUUGGAUCACUUGAUGAUAAUGAUAUUCCAUCAGUUGUUAAGGAUAUUGAAGGAUUUGCAGGAUGUGUCAAGAGGAUCCGUCUGAAUGGAAAAGCCAUAUUGAUGCAGUCAACAUAUGCCACGAAUGUGACUGAAUGUUUCCAAGAUCCUUGCUCCACGUUCGGAUGUCCAAACAAGUGUCUUGCACACAAUUCAAUGCCAGUGUGUCAAUGUGAAUGGCCAAUGAGCGGAAGAAAAUGUUCAGUGACUUCGGAAUCUGAAAUUUCUGCAAUGAAGUUUUCUGGAUUAUCUUAUUUGGAACUUGACAAUGAAGCUGUUAUGAGCCACAUCACUGGAGAUAGUCUCGAUAUGGCUGUCAACUUCAAAAUCCAAAACACAACGCAAACUGUUCGCCAGAUUGUAAUUUCCGCUGGUGAUAUUACCCAUGAAGAUGACUUCUUUGAACUAUCAAUUGACACAAAUCGAUUUGUCCGAUUUGCAUUAAAUCUCGGUUCAGGAACAAUUGUAUUAACACACCCAAAACGAAUUGAAGAUGAAAGAUGGAUUACUGUAGAAGUGAUUCGAAAAAGGAAUUUGGUGAAAUUAUCAGUUAAUGGAGAGGAUCCAAUUACUGGAUUUGCUCCAGAAGGUGCUGAGCAAUUGAAUGUGUAUCGAAAUAUUUUUAUUGGUAACAAUUUUACACCAGACGGAUCACCAGAUGGUCGGGACUUUACGGGACUUGAUGGAUGCAUUAUUUCGCUUCGAUUCGAUCAGACAACCAUUUCUCACCCAAAACAAGCAAAAACAGCCAUCAAUAUCCAGGACUGUGCAAUUUAAUCAAUUCACUGGUAGUCGAAUAUAAAUAAAAAUUUGCUGUUUCCGUUGAAAUAAGAAUGACUAUGCCGGUUGUUCCGUAUACGCAUAAGUUAUUUGUUCUGUAUUUAGCAUGUUGUCCCUUUUCUUACAAUCACCCAUAUUACUUUUACAUUUCAACGUUUUGAACGAUUAAAAAUGAAAUAAAAAACUAUUAAAAUAUUUUUUGUUUUCAACUUCAGUAAUAAAAUGUUUAUUGUUCA